AUGGCCUGGGAGAUGCCGAUGACAGUGGAUCGCCCCCUCUGGGUGGCAGCGGCGGAAAGCGACUACCAUCAGGCGCGACUUAUAUUCCUUCUCGUGAAACUCUCAAACAAAAAGGCCAAGAUUCCGGCGUCGCAUUCUUUAGCAGCAGGCGCAAUAGCAGGGGCGGUCGAAGCGACUUUCACAUAUCCAACUGAAUACGUCAAAACUCAGCUGCAACUGCAAAGUAAAACUAAGCCGGACCUCAAGCUCUUUGACGGACCAUGGGACUGUGUCAGGAAGACUGUCAGGGAAAAGGGGUUCUUUGGGCUUUAUAGGGGACUUUCCGCCUUAGUCAUUGGGACAGCAAGCAAAGCCGGUGUACGAUUUCUCGCAUUCGAGCAGUUCAAGAAGAUGCUGGCGGACGAGAAUGGGAAAGUGGCAGGGCAACGUAUCAUGUUGGCCGGGUUAGGAGCAGGAGUAGCAGAAGCUAUCAUCGCAGUAACACCAACAGAAACGAUAAAAACGAAGCUAAUCCAUGACCAAAACUCCCCAAACCCCAAAUACCACGGCCUCAUCCACGGCACACGCGCCAUCAUCCGCACCGAGGGGAUAGCAGGCAUCUAUCGCGGGAUGACGGCAGUGAUUGCGCGGCAAGGCGCGAACUCGGCUGUGCGGUUGACGACGUAUGGGCUUCUGAAGGACCGGGUGCAGGAUCGGUAUCCUGUGGAUCCGGUGACGAGGAAGAAUGUCGUGCCCUGGUAUGUUAACUUUGCCAACGGUGCGGUCGCAGGAAUCGUCACAGUUUACACCACCAUGCCCCUUGACGUCGUCAAGACGCGCAUGCAAGCACUCAACGCCAAAGAACUGUAUCAUAACUCCGUCCAUUGCUUGUAUCGAAUUACGACUGAGGAGGGUGUCAAGGCCCUAUGGAAGGGCGCUACGCCCAGGUUGGGGAGGUUGAUUUUCUCGGGCGGAAUCGUAUUUACAGUCUACGAGCAGAUCGUCGCAAUCCUGGCUAGAACUUCACGAUAG